UUUCGGCGGUCACGUGAGAGGAGGGUGGACGGAAGCUUCUGGGUCUGAGGGAGACGGAGACGAUUUUACAAGGAAGAUCUGAAAUUCUGAAUUCUUAACUGGAAUCAGGGUUUUGGUUUUUUUUCAUUAUCUUCCUCAGUAAGCAAUGUCUUCUCCCGCGGAGUUUUAUCACUCUCUUCCGCCAAUAACGAAGGCAUAUGGCACCGUUUGCCUGUUGGCUACCGCAACUUACCAUCUUGGAUUAUAUCAUCCAGCUUACAUUGCACUAUUCUACGAUAAAGUGUUCUACGGUUUUCAGGUUUGGAGGUUGUUCACAAACUUAUUUUUCCUUGGACCAUUCUCUAUCAAUUUUGGGAUCCGUCUCCUAAUGAUAGUAAGGUAUGGUGUCCAACUUGAGAAAGGACCAUUUGAUCGACGGACUGCUGAUUUCUUGUGGAUGAUGAUAUUUGGUGCCUUUGCACUAUUGGUUUUGUCUGCUAUCCCCAUAUUUUGGUCCCCAUUUUUGGCAGUACCACUUGUUUUUAUGCUCCUUUAUGUUUGGAGUAGAGAAUUUCCAAAUGCCCAAAUCAACAUAUACGGGCUUGUUGCACUUAAGGCCUUCUAUCUUCCAUGGGCGAUGCUGGCUUUGGAUGUUAUUUUUGGAUCGCCUCUUAUACCUGACCUCUUAGGUAUCAUUGCAGGACAUCUGUACUACUUCUUUACAGUGUUGCAUCCACUAGCAGGUGGAAAGAACAUUUUGAAGACUCCAAUGUGGGUACAUAAAUUAAUUGCAAGAUGGAGAAUUGGAGUGCAACCAAUUAGCCGUGGGCCGGCUGCUAAUAACCCUCAGCAAGAGAGGGGUUCGGGAGUUGCUUUCAGGGGAAGAUCCUAUCGACUUGGUGGAUAGAUGCAAUUACCUGAUCAGCUGUUUCAUCUUCACUUAUUGGUUAUAGACAUGACACCACUGACAAAUGAAGCUGGACAGUUCCUUGAAAAUCGAACUUUGUUUUUGAGAACAGCCUUAUAGUUUUCAAUGAAUUAAUUGCCGAAUGUUGAUUCUGAAUUCAUUACUUUGUCCUCUCUUUCUAGAUAUGUACACUUUUUCGUAUUCGGUAUUAAAGCUAGUCCCUGUAGUUUUCAGUUUUCACCUCAAACUCUUAAUACUCCUGAAUCCAUGCCCCUGUGCAAGUGCUAAAAAAUGAAGCAAAGUUUGAUCAGAUAGCA